AUCAGGUGAAAUGUCUCUCUAAACCAGAAAACGCACCCGAGGAACAUGAGGUACUCCGGACUUCUAUUAAUUUGUCUGGCAAUUUUGGUUUGCCUCGCCGUUGGUUGGGCAAAACCUGCGCCUAAAGCGGAAGCGGAAGCUGAAGCCAAGGCUUUAGCAGUUCCUGAAGCAGAUGCCGAAGCAGAAGCAGAUGCAAAUGCAGCGGGCGCUCCAGAAGCCAAGGCCAGUGCCGAACCAGAACCACCAAGUCCGGGAAAGAUAAGAAUUCCGAGAGAAAACUUACAAAAGACGUCAGACCUAGGAAAGUUAUCAAGGGAAAGGCAAUUUCAGAAAAAGCUAAAACCUACUAAAAGACCUAAUCCGAGACCGCCAAAACCUUCUAAAAGACCUAAUCCGAGACCGUCAAAACCUUCUAAAAGACCUAAUCCAAGACCGCCAAAACCUUCUAAAAGACCUAAUCCGAGACCGGCAAAACCUUCUAGAAAACCUAAACCAACCCGACGACCUACAAAGAGACCCAGAACGACUAAAAAACCUAGACCGACUCGACGAACUACAAAGAAACCAAGAACUACUAAAAGACCCAGACCGAGUCCGCGACCAACAGAGCCGAAACCAAAAACCACUUCUAGAUCACUAGAUAUCGAUAUAGACACUCCGUCUCCGGACUACAAGAACUACUACGAUACGUAUGGCGACGAUGAAAACCCCGUAGAACCUGAAGACGGUGAGAAGGAUGAAAAUUCCGAAGAAGGUGAAGAAGAUGAAAACCCCGAAGAAGAGGAAGAAGAUGAAAACCUUGACGAAGGUGAGGGGGAUGAAAACUCUGAAGAAGGUGAAGAGGAUGAAAACGCUGAAGAAGGUGAAGAGGACGAAAACGCUGAAGAAGGAGAGGAAGGUGAAGCCGAAGAAGGAGAAAAUGAAGAUGCUGCAGACGAAGACGGCGAAUCCGAAUAAACUUAAUGAUAAACAAGAAUGAAGACUUCCCCAUGAAAAUUGUUCUUCAAGGUCUAGGGAAUCUGUACCAUUAUGAACGGAAAUAAAAAUGCAUGAUUCCCUUA